CCAAAGAAAAGCGACGUUAUGUCCACUUUCUCGAAAAUAUUUCUCUUCAGGGGAGCAGGCAGACGUCCCUAUAGCGCCGCUGCACAGACACAGCUGCGCGAAAUACUUGGCUCCCAGCUGGCUGGAAUCAAGGAGGCGGGCACAUUCAAGGCUGAGCGGAUCAUCACGUCGUCGCAGAGCACCCAGAUCACAGUGCAGGGCAGCGAGAAGCGCAUACUAAACUUCUGUGCCAACAAUUAUCUCGGACUGGCGAACAACCCAGAGAUUGUGGAGUACAGCCGAAAGUUGUUGGAGAAGUACGGAGCCGGCCUGAGCUCGGUUCGCUUCAUCUGCGGCACUCAGGACAUCCACAAGCAGCUGGAGCAAAAGAUUGCCCAGUUCCAUGGGCGUGAGGACACCAUUCUCUAUGCCUCGUGCUUCGAUGCCAAUGCUGGUAUUUUCGAGGCGAUACUCACGCCGGAGGACGCUGUCUUCUCAGAUGAACUGAACCAUGCAUCGAUCAUUGACGGCAUUCGCCUGUGCAAGGCCAAGAAGCAGCGAUACAAGCACCGUGACCUGGCCGAUCUGGAACUGCAGCUGCGGGAGAGCGACGGACGUCUAAAGUUGAUUGCCACCGAUGGGGUCUUCUCGAUGGACGGGAAUAUAGCACCGUUGGCGAGGAUUGUCGAGCUGGCCAAGAAGUACAAUGCCUUGGUCUUCGUGGACGAGUGCCAUGCCACUGGCUUCUUUGGCGCCACCGGGCGCGGCACCGAGGAGUACGACAAUGUCAUGGGCGAGGUGGACAUCAUUAACUCGACGCUGGGCAAGGCUUUGGGCGGCGCCUCUGGGGGCUACACCACCGGGCCCUCGGAGCUCAUCUCCUUUUUGCGCCAAAAGUCCCGGCCGUAUCUGUUCUCCAACAGCCUGCCCCCUGCCGUCGUGGCUGUGGGCCUCAAGGUUAUGGACAUGCUUCUCGCCUCCAGCGAACUGACGCAGCGCGUCCAGAGCAACACGCAUCGCUUCCGGACAGCAAUGACCAAGGCUGGCUUCACCAUAGCCGGCGAGAAUCAUCCCAUUUGUCCCGUGAUGCUGGGCGAUGCUCGGCUCGCAUCCAAGUUUGCCGAUGAGAUGCUAACUCGUGGCAUCUAUGUGAUUGGAUUCAGCUAUCCGGUGGUGCCCCAGGGCAAGGCACGGAUUCGCGUGCAAAUCUCCGCUGCCCAUACAGAGGCUGAAAUCGAUCAGGCCAUUGAUGCCUUCAUAGAGGUCGGUCGCUCUCUUAAGGUGAUCCAGUAGGACGACAGUAUCCAAAUGUUGUCUUGCAUCUUGCAUUUAAACGAAGGAAACUGCAUUGCAUUUAUCUAAAGAAUUAAAUAAAUAUUAAAUUGUAA